AUGUUAGCGGUGGGACAGAUGGAUGCUAAUCGCCAGAGCGCAUUCGUCCUUAGCAGUGCGCCGCUAGCCGCGCUGCACAACAUGGCCGAGAUGAAGACCUCCCUGUUCCCCUACGCCCUGCAGAACCCCUCCGGUUUCAAGGCGCCGGCCCUGGGCGGACUCAACACGCAGCUCCCCUUGGGGACACCGCACGGAAUAAGCGACAUCCUGGGGCGGCCCGUGGGCAGUGCCAGCAACCUGCUGGGCGGGCUGCCCCGUAUCAACGGGCUGGCGGCCUCGGCCGGGAUGUACUUCAGCCCUGCUGCUGUCUCCCGCUACCCGAAGCCUCUGGCGGAGCUGCCGGGACGGCCGCCCAUUUUCUGGCCCGGAGUGGUGCAGGGCUCUCCUUGGAGAGAUCCCCGGCUCGCCUGUCCCGCUCAGACGGGGAUGGUUUUGGACAAGGAUGGCAAGAAGAAACACUCUCGACCGACUUUCUCUGGGCAGCAAAUAUUCGCUUUAGAGAAAACCUUCGAACAGACGAAGUACUUGGCAGGACCGGAGCGCGCCCGGCUCGCUUACUCCCUGGGGAUGACUGAGAGCCAGGUGAAGGUUUGGUUCCAGAACAGACGGACCAAGUGGCGGAAGAGACACGCGGCAGAGAUGGCCUCAGCAAAGAAGAAGCACGACUCGGAGACUGAGAAGCUGAAGGAGAGCUCGGACAAUGAGGACGAUGAUGAAUACAACAAGCCCCUGGACCCCAACUCAGACGAUGAAAAAAUCACGAGGCUAUUGAAAAAGCACAAAUCCACGAACCUAUCCCUCGUCAGCCCCUGCAGCACCAGCUCGGAUACGUUGUGAGGGUGCGGGGCCGAUGGCCGCACCGGGCAGCGUGGUGGGGGUGAG